UCUGAAAGUCUACUUUUGGUCUCACCAAUCUCCUGCAGGCUGCAACUCACACUUGUCUGUCAGCUCCUCUUCUUAUCUCCCUCCCCACAUGUUUUCUCCUCCCAGUUGAACAACUCCUCCAAAAACUCUCUCUAAGAGAGCAGAAAAGAGAGCCCAAUUGGCAAUUCUGGUGCAUUUGCUAGGACACAUGGCGUUUGCAGGAACAACCCAGAAGUGCAUGGCCUGUGACAAGACUGUUUAUCUCGUUGAUAAGCUAACCGCCGACAACCGCAUCUACCACAAAGCCUGCUUCCGAUGCCAUCACUGCAAAGGAACUCUCAAGCUCGGCAAUUACAAUUCCUUUGAGGGAGUUCUCUAUUGCAGGCCACACUUUGAUCAGCUGUUCAAAAGAACUGGCAGCCUUGACAAAAGCUUUGAAGGGACACCAAAAAUUGCAAAACCGGAGAAACCUGUUGAUGGCGAGAAACCCACCGCAAAUAAGGUUUCAAGUAUGUUUGGUGGAACCAGAGACAAAUGUGUCGGCUGCAAAAACACCGUCUAUCCAACUGAGAAGGUUACUGUAAAUGGGACUCCUUAUCACAAGAGCUGUUUCAAAUGCUGCCAUGGAGGGUGUGUAAUCAGCCCAUCCAACUACAUUGCACACGAGGGCCGACUCUACUGCAAAUACCACCACACUCAACUCAUCAAGGAAAAGGGCAACUUGAGCCAGCUUGAGGGAGAUCAUGAGAAGGAUGCAACGAAUGAGAAAUCCAAUGGCAGGGAAGUUGCUGCCGAGACAUGAUUUGCUUGACAUCUACUUCUGGUUUUUUGCCUUCCCAUCAUGUGUUUCUAUCCGCCCUCCGUCCGAUUGGUGUACCGAUUUUAGGCCUUUUGCUUAGAAUGCAGAUAGACUUCUUAAUAUUUCCUGUUGAAGUGUGCGCGCCUUCAUUUGUUGUUUUAUGGGGUUUGUUGCAAGAAGAUCGUGGAUGCUCAAAUGGAUGCCAAUACCUACUCGAUUCCCAGCACGUGAUACAGUGAACAAGUAUUGAUGUUCUGUUGUUAACUCUUAUUGUGUUCCAUUUUCAAUAAAUGUUGAUGAUCCCACACUUUCUCCC